AUGCUUCACGUCGCGACGUCGUUCCUGCGCGACGACGACGACGACGACGACGACGACGACGACGAUCGCGCGACGUCGUCCUCCGGCGACGGCGCGAGCUCGCUGGGGUCGUCGCUGCUGCGGUUCGCGACCGCGACCGCGUCGACGAGCUCGUCGGAGGGACGCGCGCGAACCCUAAGAGCGGGCGGCGUUCGCGUUCGCGGAGAGGACUCGAAGAGAGACGGCGCCGCGGGGCAGCGCGCGUCGCUGGCGACGCGCGGGUGGCACCUCGUCGUCGCCGCGCUCGGGCUCGAGAAGGACGCGGAGACGGAGACGGAGACGGACGACGGCGCGACCGCGGCGGAGACGGCGAAGGAGGAGUGGGAGGAGGACGACGACGACGACGACGACGAGACCGAGUCGACGAACGACUCGUUCAAAACGUGCGAGGCCGCCGCGCCGACGCUGCGACGCGUUCGCGCGCUCGAGGCGUCCGUCGCGAGCGUCGACCGACGCCUCCGCGCGCUGGAGGAGAGGCGCGACGACGCGCGCGAGUCGCGCGGCGCGACGCGCGCCUCGGUCGCGACGAGAAGUCUCUCGGCGCGCGGCGGCGCGUUCGAACGCGCGCCGCCGCCGCGCCCCCGACGCGAAACUCACUCCACGCUGUCGCUCUGGACGUCGCGGAUCGCGUCGCACGUCGAGAGCGACACCCCGCGCGAGAGCCCGGUCGCGCGCCUCGCCGAGGCCGCGCGUUGGUCCGCCGCGCGUCGGUCGUGGACGACGCCGCCGCGGGCGCGUCGGCGCGAGGAGGAGGAGGAGGCGUCGCCGGACGCGACGCCGUUUUUUGACCUCGACGCCGCCGCCGCGGACCAGCGGUGGCCGUACGCGCCGUCGUCGAUGUACACCGAGUCGCCGCCGUCGAUGGUGGACGAGGACGACGACGACGAGGACGAGGACGAGGACGUCGUCGAAAAAGCGUCCCCGGCGAGGAGCAGCCCGUCGGACCCGUCGGGGGCGCACCGCGAGCGCGCGUGUCGUCUGCUACAUCACGCGACGUUUGUCGAAAAAAACGACGACGACGACGACGACGUUCGCCUCCUUCCGCUGACGCUCGCACCGCCGCCGAUGGCGAGAGCGACGAUGUCGAUGCGAUGGCUUCUCGACGAGAUCGAGGACGUGAGGAGAGAGAUCGAGGCGCUGAAGCGCGACCCGUUCUUGUGCGCGUGA